GUGUUUUUGAGGUUAUGUUCUUAAGGUCGAUAUUGUCCGAGACAGGAAUGAUAAGUGUGAGUACUAUUGUCUAUAAAAGUGAGGUUUGGGAGGAUAAUGCAAUCGAAAGUGAACGAGAAUGAAGGAUUUAUUGGCGGUGUUAUGCGUGAUAGGGGCCGCGGUGGCGAAGGCGCCGGCGCCCUACGCCCCUAGCGGCUGGAGGCCUGAGGGACCCGCCUUCGAACUGCCACAGAGAGGACAGAACCCCAACUACCUCCCCCCGGUGGAUCCUCGCACACCAGCUAACAUCCCUGACGCUGACAUCGACGUCACCGUCCAGGGUCUGCCUCCACGGCAGGACCAGCAGCCAGUCUUCCAGCCCUCUCCUAUUGGCGGGCAGCAGUAUGUGGGACCGAACUUUAAUGCUGACAUCAGGAGUUUGGAUCAGGGCUUGAAUCAGGCACAGUUUCAGGUACAACAGCAAAAAGCUCGAGAAUUCGCUCGUCAGAAACAGGAAAACGAAGCUAGAUUCCCAAGCACCAUCUCACCAAAUCAGUUCAACCCAAGAACCACUGUCAACUCAAGAACCCCUAGCAACCCAACUCAGUCCACCAUCACACCACGUCCAGAUUUCAGAACCACUUCUACAACGCCUGCUGAUCUUGACUUAAACGAAGGAGAAACUGAUGAGGUUGGAUCUCCAGCAGUCUCUGAGAAACAAACGGUUUCAGUUGAAGUUUCCAAGCAGAAUAUUCAAGAAUACCCCCCAGAGUUGUUCCUAAACCCCUUAGCGCAGUUAAGGCUACAGCCUCUACAGUUUGGCCAAUCCCCUAUCGUAAUACCAGGAGAACAGUCUCAGAAGCAGGUGGCAGGUUUUGAUGCUCAGACGCACUUUGCGGCCUUGCCUUCAAUUAUAGCUCAACAACAGUUAGCUCAGCAACAGCUAGUUCAACAACGUGCUCUUCUUCAACAAUAUCCAGGAAACCAAGCAUUUGUAGUGUCAGGACAGACUUCAAACCGUGGUUUUCUUAUUCAGAGCCCGCAGCCAUUGCAACCAGUAGCGCAGUUACAGCCUCUUGUUCAGCCUUUAGCUCCCAUUCAAGGACAAAACGUAGUUUUGCAGCCACAAGGUGCUAAACAAAUUCAGCCGAACUUUGAGAAGCCAAAACAGGAAAAUGAAGAUGAUGAUGAUGAGCAGCGUGAUGAUGAUCAAUCUCAACAACCACAAGUACAGACACAAUUUGGUUUCCAACCACAACCUCAAGUAAUUUACCAGCAACAACCUCAAGGAUUACAGCCACAAGGUUUCCAAUCGCAAGGAUUACAACAACCUCAACUAAUCUACCAACAACCUGAGGCGUUUCAACCACAGACAGAAACCGUUUCUCAGCAAGGUUUCCAACCGCAAGGAUUCCAACAACCUCAACUAAUCUACCAACAACCAGAGGCGUUUCAACCACAGACAGAAACCGUUUCUCAGCAAGGUUUUCAACCCCAAGGAUUACAACCGCAAGGAUUCCAACAACCUCAACUAAUCUACCAACAACCUGAGGCGUUUCAACCACAGACAGAAACCGUUUCUCAGCAAGCUUUCCAACCCCAACAAGUUUACCAACCUCAGCAAGUAGCUUUCCAACAGGCUCAACCUGCCCUCCAGCCAGCGUUCCAGCAAUCUCAAGCCGACCAACCUCAAAUUUACCAGCCUCAGACCUCAUACCAACCUCAAACAUAUCAGCCUCAGUUCUACGCCCCAGACCAACAGAUUCAAGGACAACUAGUGUCGGUACCAGCUCAAAAUGUUGACCAGUAUUACCAGCAACAGUUCCAACAGCGGCAGCUUUCUCAAAGCCAAGGGCAGGAUGCUUUGCAGAGUGGUUUCGAUGUGAACCAGCAAGGGAAUAGCUUGGACCAGAAUGAUAAGGAGUCUGAUGAGAAUACGGAUGGUGCGACGGCCACCGCCGUGGCUACAGCUUUUGGGACGAGGACCCAACCUCGUGUAUUCUCGACGUAUGGAUCCCCUAUUCCUAGAGCCCAAAAUGCCGCUACUACUGAAGCACCCGCCGAGGAGGUCACUACGGAGGAGGGGCCAACAAUCGCACAAGCCACCGCCGUUGCAAGGGGGGGUAGAAGGAAGAGUGCUAAGUUGAGAAGCCGCCGCAUCAGACCCGACAGUCCGAUCUUCACGCUGGACAAAUCCGGCCAUCUGGUCCUAGCUUCUGAACAGGAGCGUUUGUAAUAUUUUAAUAGUAACAAGCAAAUGUGAUAAA